UUCAUUCUAGAGCUAUAUCAAAUCAUUUUUCUACAAAUAAAACCAAACCCUAAUCCUAUAGCUUCAAUUGAAAAACCAUGGCUAGAAACUACAACCAAUCUUACUUUGAUUAUUUCUCUUAUUUCUCAAUGCCAUUUCAUUUAUUUCUUUUCAUUAUCAUACUCAUUUUAACAUUGACCUUUUCAUGGUACAUAAAUUAUGAGUCCAAAUUUGAAGAUUUGAUGAACCAAGUGAAACUGGUUUUCAUGCUUUCUCCUCUUGUAUUAUUACUUCUUGUUCAUUUCUUGUCGAAUGGGUUUCUCGUCGUACCGUUUCCGGAGCAAGAUUCAGUUCAUAGAGCAGGAGGUUCUCCAUGGGGAGUUGCUUUUUUGCUUGUGUUUCUUCUGUUCAUGAUAUCGCAUCAAUCUUCUUUUCAUGAACGUUGGUUUCCUCUUGGUACUAAAUAGUAUGGUACAUAAAUAUGUCUUUAAUUUUUCUGCUAAUGCAUAUAUAUGUAUUAAAGGGUGUCUGUUUUGAGUUUUGUUUUACACCUUUGUAGAAGAAAAUUAAGUAUAUUUGUUUCUAAUUUUAUUAUCGGAUAAUCUAAUUAUGUGAUUAGUGUUAAAGUGAACAAAAGUCUAUUUUAUUAUUGCAAUAAAUUAAGGAGGACUACACAAGAAACGUUCAUUUUGCUACAUAAACUUGGU